AUGGGUGUCUUCCCCGCGAAGAAGUUCCGCUCGAGCACUUACAACUCUUCCAUCCCUGCCAGAUACCGCGCCCUCCUCGCCCGACAUCCCUUUGCUCUCUUCGGCCUACCUUUCGUCGCGACCAUGCUUCUGGGAAGCUUCUUCCUCACACCCGCCACCGCGCUGAGAUAUGAGCGCCACGAUCGCAAAGUCAAACAGUUGUCCAAGGACGAGGAGCUGGGGAUUGGGAAGGAUAAGCGGAAGAUUGAUUUGGCGGAGGAGUAUUAUAAAUUGGCGGCCAAGGAUUUGGAUAGUUGGGAGCAGAAACGGGUGAAGAGAUUACCUGGCGAGCAUGAUGGUGUGCUUUGA